GGAAGGAAGUAAAGAGAACGAGUUUCUUUUUAUAUAGUUAUAAAAAUUUCAGUGUUUUCUUGUAAAACGAACGGUGUUGAUAGGGCAAAAUCCAAAACUCUGCCUCAUCUCAGUCGUCUCCCUUUCUCCCUUCUUCUCCAACGUCCGAUCUUCCAGUUCCCUCCAUCCCCAGGUAUGGCGGAUGGUCAAGGUUCGUCUAGGUCACCGGCGAGUCCGAACGGAGGUGGUAGUCAUGAGAGUGGUGGGGACCAGAGUCCGAGGUCUAACGUACGUGAACAGGACAGGUUUUUACCGAUAGCUAAUAUUAGUAGAAUCAUGAAGAAGGCACUUCCUGCUAAUGGAAAAAUUGCGAAGGAUGCUAAGGAGACUGUUCAGGAAUGUGUUUCUGAGUUCAUCAGCUUCAUUACUAGCGAGGCAAGUGACAAGUGCCAGAGAGAGAAAAGAAAGACUAUUAAUGGUGACGAUUUGCUAUGGGCAAUGGCAACUCUUGGGUUUGAAGAUUAUAUUGAACCACUCAAGGUGUAUCUUGCUCGAUACAGAGAGAUGGAGGUAAGUGAAUGUCUAAUAUAAUGUCUUUAUUAUCAUUUCUUUUCUUUUUUCUUCUUUGCCUGUGGGAGCAACUGAUUCAUUUAGUAGGGUGACACAAAGGGAACGUCAAAGGCUGCUGAUGGCUCUACUAAAAGAGAUGGGAUGCAACAUGGUCCUAAUUCACAGCUUGCACAUCAAGGUUCAUACUCACAAGGAAUGAAUUAUGGGAACUCUCAGGGUCAGCAUAUGAUGGUCCCGAUGCAAGGGACAGAGUAAAAAUCCGAUCUUCGUUCUGUUUGAGAAGACAGUGGACUUAAAAACAUAUUCUAUAUAUAGAUCUUCUGCUGUAACCUCUGUAUCAUGGUUUAUUUAUUCUAGUGAGUGCCAUGUCAUAUUUAAAGUUUGUAAAUUUAGGAGAUGUUUAAGAAAUAUUAUGGACAUGAUUGUUUGUAGUAAUAAUGAAAACCAUUACCUAGUACUUCAAUUGCAGGAUGUUGCUUCUCUAUGGAUGAAUGAAGUUAAAUACUACCUCUUUUUUUU